AGGCUUGAAAUAUUUCUCUUUAUGUGUAACGAAUCUAGAAUAUAUGACAUUUUUUUAGAAGCAUCCGUAAAUGUUAUUUGUUUACAUCAAAUAAUCACAUAGCUUAGGUUGUCAUGAACAAACACAAGAAAUGACAUGUAUAUAAAUAAAAGUAAUGUCACUAAUUAUUUUCAAGGUAUAUUUUUUUGUUGUUAGGAAGCGUACAGGUUAUAUCCUGAUGCACAGGAUUGUAUUGUGGAAGUGUCCCGAAGUAUCGUGAGCUGAUAUUUUUAGCUUAUCGCCCAUCCUUAAUUGCAGAGUAAACCUGGUGAUGGAGGAAGUAAGAAAUAGAGUAAGAAAGUGAGAAGGUGUUUCAUCCUGAAUUAUAAUUGCAAGCUAUAUUAUAUCUAAGUUAAGUAACAGCGGGGUUGUCACUGCGAACAUGUUUCUGAGUGAUCAUUCAAGCGUUUUUGUUUUUUAUUUUUACACCCGCACUUUACAGUUGCGCACGUAUUUAUGUCGUAAAACGUUCAAACGGACUGAAGACACAGGAGCCGAAACAAAAUAUUGACCUUAUGAAGAUGGGUAUUCUGAAUACGGCUAUUAGUGUGUUUCGAUAUGUAAACAUAACUCCGAAGCGAAAGAAAUAAAGCUAUAAAGACACUAUGAAAGAGCGGAAGACGACUAGCUGGAGAAUAAAACAAACUUCCCAGAGAGAUUUGCAGAGAUUUUUCAUCUAAUACCAUAAAAUACAUUUUAACACCAUUUUCUCACGUGUGAAAACAUAACCCACGUUUGAUGUCUUUUUGUUCUCUCCUCACAUUCAAAGUAGGGUAUGCAAAUUUUUGCACCGGCUGUUGACAGAAGGGUGGAGACGAUACCUCUCAGAACAAGCGUUCCCUAUCUGGUGUGUUGUAUUCAGACUCGGGAGGCAUGUAAUCAUGUCAGGUUCGACAGGUUUGCGCCCUGCUUAGGGCUACACCUUCAAUUACAUAACACGACACGCACGUUGCUCAGUGUGUUUGAAGAAGAUGCGAGCACUCUUACGGACUACAGCAACCAGUUCUUGCAGUCUAUGCAAAGAGUGUUUGGGGCACAGAAUGAGAUGGCCCUUGCUACCGAGCAGCUCUCAAAACAGUUACUUGCGUAUGAGAAACAGAACUUUGCUCUAGGGAAAGGAGAUGAAGAGGUAAUCAGCAUGCUUCAGCAUUUUGCCAAAACCAUGGAAGAGCUGAACUCUCUGCAUGUUGAUUUGGCCACUCAGAUGGCUGAUAGGAUGGUGUUUCCCAUGGUGCAGUUCAGGGAGAAGGACCUGACUGAAAUAAGCACGUUGAAAGAGAUAUUUGGAAUCGCCACUGACGAGCACGAGGCCGCAAUGAUCAAGUACAGCCGACUACCCAAGAGGAGGGAGAACGAGAAGCUGAAAGCCGAGCUGGUUAGUGAGGUGGCGUACUGUCGGAGGAAGCAGCACCAGGCCUCCAUGCAGUAUUACUGUGCUCUUAACGCCUUACAGUACAGGAAGAGAGUGGCCAUGCUGGAGCCCAUGCUGGGAUACACACAAGCCCAGAUCAACUUCUUUAAGAAAGGCAUAGAGCUGGUCUCCAAGAAAAUGGACAGUUUCCUGGCUUCUGUGAACAGUAUGUCUGAGAGUGUUCAGGCGCAGUUGGAUGCUGAGGCAGAGAGCAUGCGUAUGUCUCAGAGAGAGCUGUUGUCAGUGGACGAUAUAGUCUACAUGCCUGACCAAGACCCGACACCAGUCAACCGCACACUCAUACAGAAAGCAGGCUACCUCAACAUUAGGAAUAAGACGGGCCUGGUGAGCACAGCUUGGGACCGGCUCUACUUCUUCACCCAGGGGGGGAACCUGAUGUGCCAGCCGCGCGGCGCUGUGGCAGGUGGCAUGGUGCUCGAUCUGGAUAACAGCUCCGUCAUGGCCAUCGAGUGCGAGGACAGGCGUUACUGCUUUCAGAUCACGUCACCUAGCGGGAAAACGUCUAUGAUUCUUCAAGCUGAGAGCAAAAAAGAGUAUGAGGAGUGGAUCUGCACCAUUAACAACAUUUCUAGACAGAUCUACCUGACUGACAACCCUGAGGCUGUGGCCAUCAGGCUCAAUCAGACUGCCAUCCAGGCGGUUACUCCCAUCACCAGCUUUCAAAAGAGAGCAGAGGGUUCCCCAAACCCUGACAGGGCUAAGCCAGGCGCAGUGGUCCCUGGCAGUAUUAAGAAAGCCCCUGCUGUCCCUGAGCCUGAAGACCUGAUUGCCCCUGGGACACCCAUCCAGUUCGAUAUUGUCCUUCCAGCAUCCGAGUUCCUGGACCAGAACCGGGCGGGAGGAAGGCGCACGAACCCUUUCGGUGAGACCGAAGUGGACGGCCCUUCGAGUGCGGACGACUCCUUGCUACAGCAGGUGUUUGCCGUGCGUUUCCUGGGCUCUAUGGCAGUCCGCUCUGGACAUACACAGGAAGUUAUCUAUGAGGCCAUGAGGCAGGUUCUAGCUGCUCGCGCGAUACACAACAUAUUUAAAACCAGCGAGUCGCACCUGAUGGUAACAAGCAGCUGCCUCCGGUUGAUUGACCCUCAGACGCAGGUCACUAAAAUCAGUUUCCAGCUCAGGGACGUCACCCAGUUCGCAGCGCAUAAGGAGAACAGCCGGCUCAUGGGCUUCGUGGUGGAGGGGAGGGACUGGAACGUGGCGGAUGAGGAAGGAGCGGCAUCCUUCAGUGCCUUUGUGUUUGAGAGCAACACUGAGGGAGAGAAGAUCUGCUACACAAUAAACAUCGGCAAGGAGAUUACAGAAGCUAAGAAGGAUCCAGACGCUCUGGCCGAGCUGAUGAAGUCUGUUCCGCUGACCAGUGACGGGAAGUUCCUGCUGCUGGAGAGCGAGACAGGAGAGGCGGCGAACGGAGAAGGAGAGGAUGACUUGGAGUCUGAGGCCUGAAAGUUGUUUAGGUUUCUCAAAGGAUAAGCGCUGACCUAGUUUAUUAUUUUUUUCUCGUCUCUUAUACUCUAACGAAGAUCUAAGGAGCUGAUCCUAGAUAUACACUUUACAUACGCACCGACUAUAGACUCUUAUGUUAUGGUACGUUUACGGCUCUGUUCUAACACUCCUGACGUCUGUCUCGAUGCUAAAUACCAAGUUUUGCUCUUAUACAAAUAAUCAACAAAGAGGGCUAAAGAUGGAGGUUGAAGAGGGAGUUUUACAUUCUAGCAGCUAAAUCAAUCCAGAGCAACAUAGUUCAUGCUAAAUACUGCACACCACCCCACUCUGAUCAGGUUCAGAUCAGAAUCUGGCAAAUCGUUGCCGUUUUUUUUUUUCUUUCCAUCGUGACCACGUUCACAUCGUCCUACGGCAUGAUCGAGACUCUUAAUAGCUGCUCUUCUCCGUUACAGUAAGGGAGCGCGAUGAAAAGACGAGGCUAGCGAAGAGUACCGCUCUCAUAUACAUGAAUAUCAGACAGGUUCGGACUUCUACUUGCACUUUCUCCCGACGCCUUCGCUCAAUAUAUUUCUCUCUGCAUAGUUCAGGAUUAAGGAGCUUGAUGUAAAGGCGUACCGUUUUAUUACUCUGACGUACUGAGACUUCUUCAGGCGCGAUCACGCUACACGGACGUCCGAUUUUGCAUUUAUUGAGAUUUCUAGAUCAAAUACGUUUGCUAAGCACAUCGCAGUAAUAGAAAGCCCGUGCGCUUGAGAUUCGACACACAGUACUGCUUAGCUAGACUGGCAACUUUCCCCGCUUAAGGCACAGGAUCGAACGGCACUUCCCAGAGCUACGUAUACUGCAUGUUGAGUUUUGGGUAAUUGCACUAAUCGGAAUGUAAAAGUAAUAGUACUGUAAUCCGGCUAAAUUCCACGCGGUUUGUCGAGAGAAAAUUUCUUUCCUUACGUGAUGACUGUGAAGCUGGUCCGGACCUCUGUGUGCCGAUUUACUUACUUACUUACGAAGAACGAGGCGUGUUUCAGCACACGUCACUGAACUAAAAUUUCUCAGGUCCUUUGACUUACGGAAAUACUUUUUACAUUCCUUUGUUACCAUUUAAUCUGAAAAUCUCUCACCCAGGGUCUGGUGCUCUGUUUACAGUAAAAUGACAUGCACUUUUGGAGGUUUAAAAUAUAGUUUACAUGAAAUAAAAUGAAGAAAAACGAAUACUAAAAGAAGAGAUUUUAAAAAAAAAAUAAUUCAUCGCUAACAGUUAGUAUUAUGAUAACUCCAUUCUAAUAUGCGUCGUUUUUGUUUUUAAAAGCUGGCCGUGUAAAAGCGGAGUACGUUUUCAACGAGAUGGAGAUAAUACAACUUUUUGGGUAUUUUUGUCCCCUUUACAUGUAAAAUAUAAGCACUUCAGUUUUUAACGGUUAAUCAUCCAGUGGCGAUAGUUCAGUCCGCUAAAUUCAGAACCACUUUAUUUCAAAUUAACCUUUAAUUUUGCAGCUCGUGUGGCUUCCUGACUCCAUUUCUAUUUCUUCCGAAAGGGCUUUCCCCCCCCCCCCUCCUACUACAUGUUCCUUUAUCUGCUUGCUUAGCUGUAUUGAAAGAUAGUGGGUGUGUGCCUGCAGGCAUCAUUUUAAAUUAUCUGCUGCGAUCUGAAUCACGAGUUUGCCGCACUUUAGUAUUGUGUAUUAAAAAAAAAAACCAAAUAUGGAUGUGGAUUAUAAGAAGUCUACACACCCCCAGAUAAAACGGCAGGUUUUUGAAACUAAGAUAAAUCAUGUCCGAACUUUUUUCCCGCCCUCAAUGUAAAAUUACAUCAUCUAAAAAAUGUAAUGGAAUUUUUAUAUAUAUAUAUAUAUAUAUAGAGAGAAACAUUUUAGGGGAAAAAUAAAGAAGUUACAGUAAUGUGAUUGUGUAAAGUGUGCACACCCUUUUAUAAUAAGAGGCGUGGCUUCAGAAAGAACCAAUCACGUUCAAGCUCAUGUUCAAACUGAAUCAUCAUACAACUGUCCUAGAUGAAAUUGUUCUGAUCCACGUCGUCUCGGUUCCGUCUGACCGCUGAAGCCACGCUCUGCCAAGAGCUGAAAAAGCGUGCAAGGCAUCUCGCUUGUCGAAGGCCGUCACCGGCAACUGAAGAAAAUGGAGCACCACAGUGACCACUAAUAACGGGACGUCCGUCCAAAAUUUACAAAAGGACGAGACAAAAACUCACCUGGGAGGCUACCAAGAGACCUACAGUAACGUUAAAGGAGCUGCAGGAAAAUCUGACGAGUUCUGAUUACUCUCUGCAUGUGACGACAAUCUCUCGUAUUCUUCAUGUCUUGGCUACGGGGUAGGGCGGAUAGACGGAAGCACUUUCUCACAAAAAAACAUCCAAGCCCGACUAAAUCACCCCAAACCAUGCGGCAAAGUGUGUUAUGGUCUGAUGAGAUCAAUUCCAAUAAGUAUAAUAAUUCCAUAAUCGCAAAAUUUGUUUGGUGCAAAAAAAAGGCACCACCAAAAGAACACCAUACCCACAGUGAAGCAUGGUGGAGGCAGCAUCAUGCUUUAGGGCUGCUUUUCUUCAGCCAGAACUGGGGUGAAGAACUGGGGUACACCUUUAUCAAGGUGUAGGGGAUCAUGAACAGCUACAAAUACCAGUCGAUUUUAGUGCAAAACCUUCAGGUGUCUGCUAGUAAACUGAAAAGGAAUUUCACCUUUCAGCACGACAACGCCCCAAAGCAUACGUCCAAAUCAACAAAGCAAUGGCUUAACCAAAAGAUUAUCAAUGUUUUUGAAUGGCCUAGCCAGAGUCCAGACCUGACUCCAACUAAAAAUCUGUGGGGUGACCUGAAGCAGACAGGACAUGCCCCUACAUUUCGACGGCUCUAGAGCAAAUAUCGCUAAGUCGAGAUGUUCCACACGGAGUCUCUUACACAGAAAGUUCAAAAGCUGCUUCAACAAAGCAGUAGUUUAGGGGUGUGUACAUUUAUGCAACUGGGUUAUUUUUUUUUAUUUGUAGUCUUUUCUGUUUCUGAUCAUUAUAUUCACUCUAUUUGUACACUUUCGCAUUAAAAGGUGGAAAAGUUCUGACGAUUGAUUGACCUUAGUUUCAUUUUUUUACUUCACCAAAAAAAAAAAAAAAGCCUACCAGUUUAAGAGGAGUGUGUAGACUUUUUAAUCUCCAUUGUGUAUGUGUGGAACUGUUUCUUUCCGCACACUGUUGGCUUGUGUAUGAAUGCCGGCACUUCUAUACUUUAACUGAUGGCAAGCUGUUAAGCGUAGGAUCAACCGGAGGUCAGGCUUCGGCUGAUUAUCGGAGUCCGGAUGAGACUAUAAGGAACUCGAGUGCAUAUAAACGUCUCUUAACAACAUCAACAUCAUCCUCUGUCUAUCUGCUGCAGGCUGCACGAGUUUAAACAGACAAAUAAUGGCAUUUGAUGAACGGUGUGUAGGAGCAGACGACUCCUAACACUAAGUCCUGGUAUUGAUUAGAGCCACUGUCUAGAAGGCUUUGCACAAAAUGUUAAAGAAAAACUUUAAUAAAGCUCUGUGAGGAUUUCGAAGA